AUGGGCUCAGAUCCUCAAUACGCGAAAUGGCCUCUUCUGCCCCUCGCCCAGCAUGUCUUCACCCUCACGAACCCAUACGCCUCAAAGCCCCUCCAGCAAUCCGCCGCCAAGGCCCUUCAGGAUGCCAUCACCGAGCACAAGAUGGCCCCCUUCUACAAGUACCUUGCCCACCCCACAGAAGGCAUCUUGAAUUCCGUAGGGGAGGGUAGUUCAAAUGUGCCCGGAAAGGCCCCCAGCAGAAAGAACAGCGUCGCCGCCGGCAUGAUCAACACCAAGAACCCCACCUCGAGCAUAAACCUACCCUGGGACGAGGCCCUGUACCAACAACUGCACGCCGAUAACGAGAAGGAGUUGGAGGAGUUUCAGAAGGAGGAGGAUGAGGCGGUUGAGAAGGCGGGUGAUACCGAGAUUCAGGCUGCGCGGGGCAAGAGGGCCGAGUUCUGGGCUCGGGUUGGUGACAAGGACAAAGCCAUCGCCGCCCACGAAGACAUCUUUGAGAAAAUCGGCGUCCUCGGCACCAAGAUCGACCUCGUCCUCGCGAUAAUCCGCAUGGGUCUCUUCUACGGCGACAAGCAGCUCGUCAAGAAGCAAGUCACGCGGGCCAAGACCCUGGUCGAGACGGGUGGUGAUUGGGACAGACGUAACAGACUUAAGGCGUAUGAGGGUCUGCAUAAUCUCACGGUUCGCAGCUACAAUCUCGCCGCUCCCCUCCUCCUCGACUCCUUGUCUACUUUUACCUCGUACGAACUCUGCACCUACUCCAACCUGGUCGUCUACGCUGUCUUGGCCGGCUCCGUCUCUCUUAAGCGUGUGGACUUCAAGUCCAAGGUUGUCGACGCCCCAGAGAUCAAGGCUAUUCUUGGCGAUGGCGAGGACAAGCUCCUUGCUCUGUCGGGGGCUAUCUCUGCCGGUCCUGGUGUGGAUGCGGAGAUGCAAGAUGCUAGCAGUGCGCCCUCUGCGGCCAAGACUACCGUCGUCAAUCUUACCACCUUGGGAUCCAGCACUGAGCAGGCCGAGGCGGAGAUGUCUGUUGAUUUCGGGAGCUUGGCCCAGCUGGUUAGUUCCUUGUAUAACGGGCGGUAUAAGCUCUUCUUCCAGGCUCUGGCCCUGGUGGAGGAGCAGUUCCUUACGCAAGAUCGCUACCUUCACGAGCACAAGAACUGGUUUGUGCGGGAGAUGCGGCUGAGGGCGUAUCAGCAGUUGCUGCAGAGUUAUAGGGUUGUGGGGUUGGACAGCAUGGCGAAUGACUUUGGGAUUACGGUGGACUUUUUGGAUCGUGACCUCGCCAGGUUCAUUGCCGCUGGCCGCAUUCCCUGCACGAUUGACCGUGUCAGUGGGCGUGGUGUGAUUGAGACGAACCGCCCAGAUGAUAAGAAUAAACAGUAUCAGGAUGUGGUGCGCCAGGGUGAUCAGCUGAUCACCAAGCUGCAGAAGUAUGGGCAGGCGGUUAGGCUGAGGGGGAGUGAGAGAGCCUAG